UCUAGUCGUAGUCUACAGUUCAUUGGAGAGCGAGGUGCUGCUGGUGCUGAAGCUAAUCCGAGGGGAUUGACUGCCUCUGUGGCAAGAGGAGAGGUGAAAAAAGAGACGAGUCGGCUGUGAACUACUUACCCAAACAAGAGCCGUUAAGUUUCUAUAUAAUCUAACCUCGAGUGAACAAUAUCUGAACUGACUGAAGGACCACAAUAUGCAGAAAACAUACUUAAAUGGAUACGUCUACGACGAGACAACCAGAAUUUACCCGUAAAGAUUUUCAGCGUUACAUUGGAAGAUAAACAUGGAUGACAGAAUAACGAUGGCUUUGUGGAAUUAAGGCCGAAGCGUUGUUGUUUCUGUCCUUCUCCCGGACAAAGAUUACGCUACGCGUGUUGUUCAAGAUACUCGAGAGCUCAACUGCGAAGAUGCAUAGGCUGUGGAGACGGGAUGUACCACUCUCCGAGCGUUUGGGGGAGGUCUCUCCGGCCGGUGCAGUUCUGGGGACGCCGCCCACCGUGGCCCCCGCUGGCCCCAACAUCUCAUGGCUGCCGGAGGCGCCGCUCCUCACCCCGGACCAGCCCAUCUUCCUCAUGACCACGGCCGCGCAGGCCGUGUCCGGCUUCUUCGUGUGGACAGCACUACUCAUCACCUGUCACCAGAUCUACAUGCACCUGCGCUAUUACAGCGCUCCUAAUGAGCAACGUCACAUUGUGCGCAUCCUCUUCAUCGUGCCCAUCUAUGCCUUUGAUUCGUGGCUGAGCCUCCUCUUCUUCACCAGCGAACAGUACUACGUCUAUUUUGACACGGUGCGGGACUGCUACGAGGCCUUUGUGAUCUACAACUUCCUCAGCCUGUGCUAUGAGUACCUGGGAGGAGAGAGUGCCAUCAUGGUGGAGAUCAGGGGGAAGCCAAUUGAGUCCAGUUGUGUCUAUGGGACUUGCUGUCUGUGGGGUAAAGCCUACUCAAUUGGCUUCCUCCGCUUUUGCAAGCAGGCCACGUUGCAGUUCUGUGUGGUGAAGCCUCUGAUGGCCAUGGUCACAGUGAUCCUGCAGGCAUUUGGGAAGUACCGCGAUGGGGACUUCAAUGUGGCCAGUGGGUACCUGUAUGUGACUAUCAUCUACAACAUCUCCGUCAGCUUGUCUCUCUAUGCUCUGUUCCUGUUCUACUUCUCCACCAGAGAUCUUCUGAGCCCUUACAGCCCCAUGCUCAAAUUCCUCAUGGUCAAGUCUGUCAUCUUCCUCUCCUUCUGGCAAGGGAUGCUGCUGGCCAUCCUUGAGAAGUGCGGUGCCAUCCCCCAGAUCAGCUCCGUCGAGGUGUCUGUGGGCGAGGGCACGGUGGCGGCGGGCUACCAGAACUUCAUCAUCUGCAUCGAGAUGUUCUUCGCUGCCCUGGCCCUGCGCCACGCCUUCACCUACAAAGUCUACAUGGACAAGCGCUUGGACCCACAGGGUCGCUGUGCCCCCAUGAAGAGCAUCUCCAGCAGCCUGAAGGAGACCAUGAACCCCGGGGACAUGGUCCAGGACGCCAUCCACAACUUCUCGCCAGCCUACCAGCAGUACACACAGCAGUCCACACUGGAGCAAGGCGCCCCUGCCCCGCCCGUCUCCCGUAACCAUGGCACCACGGUUGCCCGUGAUAACGAGAAGACCUUACUGCUGAGCGACGACGACGAGUUCUAAAGUGCGGUUUUUCCAUGAUCAUCUCCUCUAUACAUCGUUCCUCCAAAUUAUGAAAAGUCCCAGAUUCAGACUUUUGAGGGGGAUUUUAUUGUGCUUCAGAUGGACUAGUUGGUAUGGGACCUCCUAAAGGCAAAAUGAGACCAACUUGGCCGUGCAGUCACACUACACAAUUAUUAUUAUUAUUAUUCAAAAGCUUUGUGUACAUUUCUUUGUGCUUUUCCAUUGAUAUUGCUACAUCAGAUGCCUGACUAGGAACUCACUCACAAGUUAUCCACUGUGGAUUCUGAAUCGACCUGAUUCACACAAUUAUUGCAGUUCCAGUAGUUCUAUAUUAGAAAGAUAAGAAUUUCAUUGGCUAUUACAUGUUCAUUAUAUAUGCUGUUUGUACUCAACUGACAUUGCUUUUGAUAUUGCUUACUACGUAUCUGGCCGAUAUGUUGUUUUCCUAUGGGUGAGUCUUUACAUCCAAAAUCCAUUUUUUAAGCUUUUAAAGCCAAAAUAUGUCCUUUCUCGGCUUUAGCAAUCUAUUGUGGUGUCCACCAUAAGUGGUGUCGUUGUUGUUGACGGCAAACGGUGCUGCAGAGGACCCUGACCUCACAAAGACCGGCAUCUGUCUGGAAUUAGUCGUUUGUGUCAUUGUUUUUCUGUGUUGUUAUUUACAGUGUGUGUUGGUGUGGUAGUGAGAGAGGGGAGGUGAAGACUGGUCUGGGCGCACGGACGGGGGGGGGGGGGGGGGGGCAUGGAGUGCUUGAUGGGACAUGAUGAGAUUACAGAUUAAGAGAAAUCUGCUCCAUGCGCUGCCACUGGAGAGUAGCAAAUCGCCGCCGGGUGGGAUUAGAAGAGAGUAAUUGGGGCGUUAUCCGCAGUGCCCAGAUUAGUGCACUAACCAGGGGACCACUGCCGUUAAACUGUAAUCUGGGUUAGACAGCAGCAGUACACAAACAUCUAGGUUAUGUUUAUAGAUGCGAGCUGGGUUUUACAGGGAAAUAGGCUGUUUAUCUGCUUUUAUGGGCUCUCUCUUUCUUUCUUUCUUUCUUUCUUUCUCUCUCUCUCUCUCUCUAUAUAUAUAGUGGAGUUGGUUUUAUGGAGCACUUUGCAAGUGUGUUGCAAAUACGAUUUGCAUUGUGAACUUGUGGGUCUGCUGUAGCAAGGCUUUUCAGAGCAGAAGUAAUGAUCUGGGAUCAGUUAUGCUUUAGGUUGAGAGGUGUGUGUGUGUGUGUGUGUGUGUGUGUGGCUGAUAUAUGAGACGGACUAUUAAGGCAGUGUCUAGGUCGGUACAUCUAACGUGACAUGAUUCAUGGUUCAGGUACAGGCAUUCCUGCUGGCACGUGCUGCUGAUCCGUGAAGAGUAGUCGUGUUACUCGGGUGACUGCCACUCUCCACCACUGGGGGGCGAACAAGGAACCAAUUUUAUGACAUUCACUCAGUGAUCUAGGCAUAAAAAUACCCCCACUUACACAACUGACACAUACGCACACACCUUAUCUGACGAAAACAUACAGACCAUUACCGUUAAUGCACACUUUUUCUGGGAAAAGAUGGUGUGUUGACGUUUGAGCUGACUUGGGAAGUAUACCCUCUCAGCAGUCAAUUUCCCACAAGAUAGAGGUUUGCUGUCUACUGUUUGUUUGGUAGGUUUGAUUCUUUAAUUGGAAUAUAUUGAUAUGGAUGUAUUUAUGCUCCUAUGGAAAAUAAAUGGCAGGGGCAUUUAUGGCACUGUUUCACAUUUAUUUUGUGGGGUGUAUCUUUAACACAUUGCCCAUUCACUAUACCUAAAAAUGUUAAUCACCUGAAAGUUAGAACAGUAACUUGACCUUUAAAAAAUGGAUUUGGCAAACUGUCAGAACAUGGGAUAUAUUUUAUUACAUAUAUUAUAUUGAAUUUGUUAUAGAAAAUAUAGGAGUGUGUACAUAGUUUUCAGCAAAGUUUUAAAUAUUGAAGAAUAUUCAUAUUGCGAAAUAUGAAUGUUAAGAUGGGAGGAAACAAAUGCUUAGUUUUGUACUCUUGCUCUGUUGUGUUAUUUUAUAUGGUUGCUUUUUGUAAAACCGGUUCUGUUUAUCUAAUGUUCGAAGAUGAUGCUUAUAUUUUCUUCCUGGCAAUGAUGAAAUAAGAGUACAAAAUAAAUAAACAAAACUAUAGUUGUUCUUUA